GCUUUUGCUGCCUCCCCCGACGCCGAAGUGGGAGCCAAGCGUGGCCGAUUCUCAGCGUGUGGCCGGAUUGCGGAAUUGCGCGCGUGUGUGGAUCAGCAACCAAUCAUUCAGGCUCAGUUUUAUCACAAAAACUGUAUGGAAUGUAUGCAUUGAGGUGUUCAGUCACGUCUGUGCUUCGAGGCGGAGUGCAGACAGGUCCUCCGAUUCUCGCAAUGGCGGCGACUCUGCAGAUGUCGCUGGCCGCACCCAAGGCUUUCGGGAAGCCUUCGGAUCUCGGCAAGAGCGUUUCUUCACUGGGUGCUGCGCGUCUUGGUGCGACGGAGCUGAAAUUGGUGUCAAUUGGAGCUGGGGUGGUGAGUUCGUGUAGCUCGGUUAGAGUGCAGAGACAAAAUUUGGGUUUGGGUGUGGAGAGGCUGAGGGGAGGGUUUACGACCGCUGCCACCGCUUCUGCGGUUGAAGUCGGGGGAUCGACGAUUAGCCGGGACGAUGUUGUGCGGGAAGAUGAUCCCACUAACAAUGUGCCUGAUUCUGUGUUCACUAAGAUUGGGAUGCAGUUGCAUACACGUGAUGACCAUCCGCUUGGUAUCCUUAAGAAUACUAUCUAUGAGUAUUUCGAUGAGUCGUUCCCGGAGCUUUUCAAGAAGUUCGACAAUCUCGCACCCAUUGUGUCCGUGAAGGCCAAUUUCGACGAUGUUUUGACGCCCCCGGACCAUGUGAGCCGAAGCUACAAUGAUACAUACUAUGUCGAUGCCAACACAGUGCUUCGUUGCCACACGAGCGCACAUCAAGCGGAGAUGCUGCGGGCAGGGCACACGCAUUUCUUGGUCACUGGGGAUGUGUACCGCCGUGACGCAAUUGACGCCACGCAUUACCCCGUUUUCCAUCAGAUGGAAGGGUUUCGCGUGUUCACUCCCGAGGAGUGGGAAGCUGCUGGAAGCUCGGACGGAACCGCAUAUGCUGCUCAGGAUUUGAAGAAGACGCUUGAGGGAUUGGCUCGCCGUCUUUUCGGCGAGGUCGAAAUGCGCUGGGUGGAUUGCUACUUCCCAUUUACCGAACCCUCGUACGAACUGGAGAUUUUUUUCCAGGGUAAGUGGUUGGAGGUUUUGGGCUGCGGUGUGACCGAGCAAGCCAUUCUUAAGAACAAUGGUCGCGACGGGACGGUGGCGUGGGCAUUCGGCCUUGGUCUGGAGCGUCUCGCCAUGGUGCUCUUCGACAUUCCCGACAUUAGGUUAUUCUGGACCAACGACUCUCGCUUCACUUCUCAAUUCAAAUCCGGCCAAUUGGGCACCAAGUUCAAAGCCUACUCCAAGUACCCGCCCUGUUACAAGGACAUCAGUUUCUGGAUUAGCGAGCAGUUCACAGAGAACAAUUUGUGUGAGGUUGUUCGAGGGAUCGCGGGUGACUUAGCUGAGGAAGUUGUCUUGAUCGACGAGUUCACAAACCCUAAGAAGGGUUUGACAAGCCAUUGCUACAGGAUUGCGUACCGUUCCAUGGAGCGGUCGCUCACUGACGAAGAGAUCAAUGAGUUGCAGUCGCAAGUGCGGGAGCAGGUGCAGACCAAGCUGAAUGUUACACUCAGAUAAGAAAUUAGCACCUGAACGUUCUCACCCAACCUCAAGAAUUUUUUGCUACUCCGAAGACUACUGUCGAAAUCAUACUUCCUUAGCAGGUUUUCUGUGAGCUAUGCCUUUUCCGUUUCUUUAGCUUGCAUCUCGCAUCCUUAGUUUUUUUCUCCACAUCCUUUAGAAUCCUUGCUGAUAGAAACAUUUUAGCUCAUUAUAUCUUAUUCAGUGCUCAGUAGUAAUUCUCAUGCUCCUUUUAAUUCUUACAAUCUUUUGACUUCAGAUUGAAUGUGAUGAGAAUAUGGAUUUUGCUUGCAUA